AUGUCUCUCACAUGGCUGGGAUGGUGGCGCACGCGUCGCACACGUCCCGCGCCACACGGGGGGUUCUUCGGGAUGUUUUUUCUUCACUUCUUCUUGAGCAUUUGGCCGGGAAGUGCGAUGAAUGGGACGGGAAGCGUCAACAGUACCUGCUUUGCAGAUGGCAUUCCUGCUGCUUUGCGCCGGAAUGUCUCGAAUGGGGCUGAGAGCUAUCCGCUCGGCCUCUAUGUGAUGGACUGGGCUGCGGGCUAUGCUACUUCGGCUGUGGCCCAAAUCCUCCUUGAGGAGAAGUUGGGAUAUGUGGUGCACCGGGGCAUUGGAAUUAGCACUCCAGAUGCCUUCUUCGCUUUGGCAGGGUGCUUGCAGCCGACGAACAGCACUGAUCGUGGUUGCGGCAGCGGGCCAACGAGCACCUAUUACCAUAUCAGCCUUGAGGGGUGGACCAUAGGAUAUUCGGAGCUCUGGACCGAGGUCCAACAGAACUUUCCGGACACGGCCCCCAGGCUGACGGGGACGAUGGGCUACAACGGAGAAACCUCCAUCUUCAUCCCAAAGACAGCAGUGGCGCGAGCCUACGAGGCAGAGGGGCGAUCCAUGGAUUUCUACCGGGACUUCAACGUCUCCUGGAACCGACCGUGGCAAUACUUUGGUUCAGCAUCAGAUGUGGACACGACGCGACUGAUGCGUUGUGAAGAUACCACCUUGGCAAGGGUCUCGAGCCUGAUGCGCGUCUAUGGUGAGUUGACAGGCGACUGGGACGGCCUGGUGAUGGAAGGCCCAGGCGAGUAUCGGGCCAAGUGCAUGGAUGACUACUUCUGGUACUCGCCGGCCUGUCGCGGCAACUCCUCCGAGUGCGUGCUGGUGCUGUCCGGUGGUACAGGUUGGUCUUUGGAAGAGUUUAUGCAAAAGGGAGCGGUGCACAACAUGCCUUUGGCGUUGUGUGUUGCCGCGAACUGGUCGGAGUACGCCAGCUUGCCCUCUGAUUAUACCAGCGCCUUCUAUUGGUGGACACCAGAUCCCACCUUCCUCAGGAUCGAUCCGAAGAAGAUUAUGUGGCCGCCUCACGACCGACGACAGGUGGCCCGAGGGGAUCGAACCUCGGCCAACGCCGACACGCCCAUCGAUAAAUACGUCAGCCAGGACUUGGGCGUCCUGGCGCCGGAUGCUGAAGAGCUGAUGCACGCCUAUUUGUUGGACAUCAGGGCUGUGAACGACAUGCUAGUGGACGGCCUGGAGGCCUCAGCUCCUGACUACCGCGAGAUCGCCUGUCGGUGGCUUCAAGCGAAUCGCGAGCUUUGGGAAUCAUGGAUUCCUGACAAGAGCAAGUGCUUCGCGCAGUUCGGUCUCUUCCAUGAACUGGACAAGCGGUUUGUCAAGACGCGUGCAGAUCCUACACACUUGACUUGCAGGGCUUGCCCUUCAGGUUUCUUCUCCAAGGAACUGGAAGACGGCUCUGGGGUGACCUUCAUUUGUGAAGAGUGCCCCAUCGGCAGCUCGCAAGCUUCUGGGGCUUCUUUGAGUUGCUUGCCUUGCGCAGCUGGGGAGUACCAGGAUACAACGGGCAGUUUAUCGUGCAAACGCUGUCCUUUCGCGACCUAUCAGGACGCCUAUGGCAGUAGCAACUGCAAAGACUGUCCAGCUGGAACCACCACCCUGGGCGUCGGCUCCUCCUCCUUGGAGGACUGUGGAUGCAAGUCUGGCAGCAUCAACCUGGCCGAGGCACCGAUGAUCUUCAAUUGCUCCAGGUGCGGAGAGGGCCUGGACUGUCCGACUUCCUCGAGCAUUGCAAACUUGCAAAGCGCCUCCUCUGCGGCAGGGGAGGACUUUGUGCCGCAGAUUGCUGCUGGCUACUUCGCGAGCGAGGAGGAGCCGAUGAAGGUCUACAAGUGCGCCCCAGCCAACUUCUGUCCUGGUGGUAGACCUGGCACCUGUACCGGCGGCCUGGAAGGCAUCCCCUGUGGGGUGUGCCCUAUGGCGAUGACCUGGAAGGAGACACGUUGUGAGGAAUGCGAUGGCGGCACCAUGACUGCGUGGUCUUUGGCUGCCGUCACCGGACUGGCAGGCUUGGCCAUUUCCUACCACGUCGUGAACACCUCGAUGACGGCGCAAGCAACGCCGCUCCAGACGGCCACGAUGUGCGGGCAAAUUUUGGUGAACGUCUUUCAGACGAUCGCGAUCUUGGGCAUGAUGACCGUGGCGUGGCCGGAAAUCUUCCAGACCACCUCCAAGAGCUUCAAGGUCUUCCUGUUGGAUUUGGAAAGCUUCAGCCUGAGCUGCGUGGCCGGAAAAUCCAGCCUUCAACAAUUUGCUGUGAGUACCCUGCUCUUCCCAUGUGCUGCUCUUUGGUUGCUCUUCCUCCAGGCAGCGUCGCAAUGUUUGCCUGACACCUGGCGCAAAUCGCGCCGUAAGUGGCCCAGAAGCAUCAACACCAUCGGUGUGUUCCUGGAAGCCGGCUUUGGCACGAUGUCUGCGGUGGGACUUCAACCUUUGAUGUGCUACUCGCACCCCAGUGGCCUUUACAGUGUCUUGAAGUUUCCCAACGUCAUCUGUCAAAGCGGCGACCAUGUGGCCAUGGUCAUCCUGGGCGUGGCACUGCUGUGCUUUGCACUGGCUUUCUUUUCCGCCUGUGUGAUGGCCUGCUGGAAGAUGCCAUCGUGGAGUUUAACCGAUGGACAUGAGUUGGUGCAAAGCUUCCGCUUUUUGACCUCCCAGUUUCGCAUGGACGCCUGGUGGUUUGGAGUUCUUCUCCCUUUGCGUGGCUUCUUCUUGAGCUUGUCUGUUGCGGUGGCCACAGAUUUGCCGCCGGCACAAGCGGCAGCUGCUGCGGUGGUCCUGGCAAUCUAUGCUCCAUUCCAGAUGCGUUGGUGGCCAUGGAAGGUGCCAUACAUCAAUCAGGCAGACCUGUGGAUGAAUAUUAUGCUUCUUCUCUUGGUAAACAGCUCAGUGGUGGUAGAAGGCAACACUUCAGUGGAAUGGAGGGAAUUUGGUCAGACCUAUGCUAUGUCGAUCAUGGCAUGUGUUGCUUUUGGUGCAUCUUUCAUGCUGGUCCGAACCCUGAUGGAGCUGUUGCAGAGGCAUGUGCUGAAGAUUGGAGGCGAUGAAUGGAUCGACCCGGCCUGCAAGGCGAUCAGCAAGAAGGCCUCACAAGCCUUACACCACUGUGCUGAACAGCUGAUGGAUAUUGAAGUGACCACUCUGGAGGGCCAACUGAUGCGGAUGAAUCCGUCUGACCUGAAUAUCAUCACUUCUUCCAUCACCUUGAUUUCCAUGGAGAUUUGUCCAAGCAGUGAACAGCAGCUCUUCCAUAUGCGUGUGGCCCUCCAAAGCUUCAAUCAACGGCUUACACGGCUGACAAUGCUUCAGAGCGCCCAGGAAUUUUUGCACCACGGAAGUGACGCAGUCGCGAAGGCGGAGAACUUCGAGGAGGAUCGUUCGGAAAAUGAGGAUGGUAGCGUUGGUGACCUGCAGAAAGUCAGUUUCUAA